AUGGCUUCAAACGGGCAUUUCUCUUCUGUGGGAGAUGUUGACGGAGGGAACUACCAGCAUGGUGUCCAGGUAGUGGACGGGGAUAAGGAGUUCAACCCUAAUUUAUCCAAAUACCUGGCCCACGAGAAUGUUACUCCAGCGGGUUUUAAUUACCAUCUUAUAUCUGUCUUCGGCUCACAGUCCACCGGAAAGUCAACCCUCCUGAAUACCCUUUUUAAAACAGACUUUAGUGUCAUGUCUGAGACCGAGAGGCGUCAGACAACGAAGGGAAUAUGGCUCUCAAAAAACAAACGCACUGCUUCAAACGAAAAAGAGAAGAUGGCGGAUAAUGUUCUGGUAAUGGAUGUUGAAGGAACCGACGGUAGAGAGCGCGGUGAAGACCAGGACUUUGAGCGCAAAAGCGCACUCUUCGCACUUGCAACGAGUGAGGUACUUAUUGUCAAUAUCUGGGAGCACCAGGUCGGCUUAUACCAGGGUGCAAAUAUGGGUCUUUUAAAGACAGUAUUUGAGGUGAAUCUUCAGUUAUUCCUCAAAGAUACAAAAUCCACACCCAGGUCUCUGCUCUUUUUUGUUAUCCGCGAUUUUGUGGGAACAACCCCACUCGAGAAUCUACGGAAUACCCUAAUGCAGGAUCUCCAACGAAUUUGGAUGUCGUUGUCCAAACCAGAGGGAACAGAAAAUUCAACCAUUGAAGAUUACUUCGACUUUGAGUUUGCAGGCUUGCCUCAUAAGAGCUUCCAGCCGGAGAAAUUUGCCUCAGAAGUUGACAAGCUCAGUACGCGAUUCAGAGAUGGCCAUCGUGACCCUUCGAGUACGUCUGCCAAAGGUACCGCGGUGGAGGGCGGCGUAUUCCUACCCGAGUACCAUCGACGAAUUCCGGCCGAUGGCUUUGCAGUUUACGCCGAAGGAAUCUGGGACCAAAUCGUGAAUAAUAAGGAUCUGGAUCUACCUACUCAACAAGAGCUUCUUGCACAGUUCCGCUGCGAUGAAAUUGCGCGAGAGGUUCUUAUAUUAUUCGACGAAACCAUUGGUCCCUUUGAAGUGCAACAAGCUGAAGGAGUUCGAUCCGGGAUUCCGCUAAUUCUUGGUAGCCUUGGUGUGGCUAUGCGGGCAGCUCGUGGGAAAACAAUGACCAGCUUCGAAACUGAGGCGAGCCGGUACCACAAGCGAGUUUUCAUGACCAAGAAAUCCGAACUAGAGGAGAAGAUAGACACGAGACUUAAAGCCCUAUUUUCUGGCCAACUCAGCGCUGCUCAUAAAUCUGGUGUUACCCAAUUCAGCGAAGCAGUCAGCGCCGCAGUCAAGGCAGGCCAGAAGAAAGGGGCUAGUUAUGAUUUUGCCGAAAUUGUUACUCGGGAAAGGAAACUCGCCAUAGAGAAGUUUGAAAAUGAGGCUAGCACCACAAUGGUAGAGGGAGCCCCGUGGAGUGAUUACAAGCAGGAGCUAUCUCUCUUCCAGAAAGAUCUCGAGAAAAUCAGCUCGCAGCUCAGGAAGGAUGAGAUGAGGCGACUUGCCACUAGAGUUGAAAGAUGGGUGAGAUCUCGCUUGGGCGACUCCAUCGACCUUGAAUUCAACGCCCUUGGAUCAGGCAGAGGUGGUUCCCGGGCCCCGGAGAACGGAGACAAGCCAAGCGAAAAGACCAUUUGGGAUAGAAUCUGGUCUCUCUUUGUAAAUACUGUUUUGGAUGCCGAACGAAGAUUCACAGAACGAGCUAGGAGUUUUGAUGCGAGCUUGGAGGAGGUCGACGUUGGCCUAUGGAGGCUACGACGGAAAUCCUGGGGUGUACUGCGUUCCAAGAUCGAGGAAGAGAUGAUGGAGGGCAACAUUCUUCAUAAACUACGUGAAAACUUCGAGGAUAAAUUCCGUUAUGACGAUGUCGGCGUUCCUCGGAUUUGGCGGCCUACUGAUGAUAUCGAAGGUAUCUAUACAACUGCACGAGAGUCAACGCUCAGCUUGAUCCCACUCCUGGCUCGCUUUAGGCUUAACGAGACGUCUGCACCUCCGCCUUUGGAUAAGUGGGUUGGCCAUAUGCCCAGCUCUGCCAGUGCCGCUGAUGAAGAAGACCUUGCACCAAUUGGCGGGGUGGACGAAGAUGAUGGCAAGAGCUUGGAGGAAGAGAUGACUAUGCUCAGCGAAGCUAAGAGACAGGAUUUGACGGUUCGAUUCAAGAAAGCUGCCGAUGGAGUGUACGUUGAAGCGAAACGAAGUGCCAUCGGUGGCAUCACGCAGGUCCCCUUGUAUUUCUACGGCCUUCUCCUGGCCUUGGGCUGGAACGAAAUAAUCGCUGUUCUUCGAAACCCUAUAUAUUUCAUAUUCCUCCUACUCAUUGGAGUUGGAGCCUACGUCACUUUCAGACUUAACCUCUGGGGCCCAAUGAUAAACAUGGCAGAGGCAGCCUCUCGUCAGGCCGUCGAAGAGGGUAAACGGCGUCUCCGAGAGUUCCUGGAAUCAUCUGAUUCUGGGCGCCAGGCCAUGGCUAUGUCGGGCCGCAAUGCUCGGGGCACUGAAGAAUAUGAAAUGUCAUCCAAUCUCAAGAGCAAAGGAAGACGCACUGAUACGAGCGAUGAUGACAAUGACGAUGAUUUGUAA